CUUGUGCAUAUCCAAGUACUACCAAACUCAAACCCCAACCCCCCUUGAAACUCUGUUUUGUCAUUCAUAUGCUCUCAAUCUAAAUCCCCAUUUUUCACAUUCCUCUGUGCCAAAACAAACAUAUGUCCUAUAAUCACUUAUGGCUAUAACAUCAUGUCAAAUAAACUGGGACAAUGUCCUUGAAUUUACAAAGAUUGCACAACACAAGGGUGAUGAUCCUAUGUUGUGGGCCAUACAGCUCUCUUCUAAUCUUAACUCUGCUGGGGUUUCUUUGCCCUCACCUCAGCUCGCCACCCUUUUGGUCUCGCACAUUUGUUGGGAUAAUAAUGUCCCCGUUGCUUGGAAAUUUCUUGAAAAAGCUCUGGUUUUUAAUAUUGUGCCUCCUAUUCUUGUUCUUGCUUUGCUCUCCAAAAGCAUUAUUCCAGAGCGACAUUCUCAGCCUGCAGCAUUUAGGCUAUACAUGGAACUUCUCAAGAGGCAUGCCUUCACUCUCAUAUCGCAAUUGAAGUGGCCGAAUAGCCAUAUGAUCAUCAAUUCUGUUGACAAAGUUCUCCAGCUUUCUGAAUUAUUUGGUGUCCCAGCCGGUGAACCUGGUAUUCUUGUAGUAGAAUUUAUUUUUUCAAUUGCGUGGCAGUUACUAGAUGCCGCACUGGAUGAUGAAGGGUUGCUGGAACUUGCACCAAAGAAAAAAUUCGGAUGGAUAUUCAAACCUGAGAAUAUGGAUAUAGAUGGUCAAGGUAAUUAUAAUGAGAAGAGGACCACCCAUCAGGAGAGAUUGAAGAGUGUUAAUACUGUGAUGGCCAUAGAGUUAUUUGGUCAAUUUCUGCAAAACAAAGCUACUUUUGGAAUGCUUCAUUUGGCACGCAGAAACAUGCCUGCACAUUGGAGAGAUUUCAUCGAGCAUGUACAGUUGCUUAUAGUUAAUUCAUCAGCCUUGAGAAAUUCAAAAGUUAUGACGCCGGAGCUUCUUGUCCAAUUGAUAUCAGCUACUCGCAAAGUCAUGUCCCGAGAAUGUAAAACAAGUUAUCUUCAGGAGUUCCAAGAGAUACUCGCGUGUGAUCCUCUGGCUUCUUCUGCAGGUCUCUGUCAUGGAACUAGUCGUUCUGCAAUUUGGCUACCUCUUGAUUUAGUUCUAGAAGAUGCAAUGGAUGCUUCACAAGUCAAUGCAACUAGUGCCAUUGAGAUUGUUACUGGUUCUGUAAAGGCUCUUCAAGCAAUGAGUGGUAGCACUUGGUAUGACUGUUUCUUAGGUCUUUGGAUGGCAGCUUUACGCCUUGUUCAAAGGGAAAGAGAUCCCAUUGAGGGGCCUGUGCCACACCUCGUCACUCGCUUGAGCAUGUUGUUGUCUAUUGCAACUCUCGUCAUAGUUAAUCUCAUUAAAGAAGAGGAAAUUGCUUUAACUGCAGAGGCAGAAGUCCACAAUGAAAAACACAGUAAAGAACGUGUUCCUGGAAAGCGGCGUAGAGACUUGGUUACUUGCUUGCAGAAGUUGGGGGAUUUUAAGACUCUGUUGACUCCACCUGAAUCAGUUAUCCCUGCAGCCAAUCAGGCUGCAGCAAAAGCAAUGAUGUUUAUAGCAACCAUCAAUGCUGGCAAUGCGUACUCUGACUGUGCCAGCAUAAAAGACACGUCUAUUAAAUGUUCUGGAAACUUGCACCAUUUGAUUAUUGAGGCUUGUAUCGCACGAAAACUACUAGACACGUCAGUGUACUUUUGGCCAGGUUAUGUGAACGGACUUACAGACCAAAUAUCUCAUAAUGUGCCUGUCCAAGUUCCUGGUUGGUCAUCAUUCAUGAAGGGGGGUCAACUAACUCCAGUAGUAAUUAAUGCUUUAGUUUCAUCUCCGGCUUCAAGCUUCGCAGAACUUGAUAAAAUCUUUGAGAUUGCCGUUCAAGGAUCAGAUGAUGACAAGACAACAGCUGCUACUAUCCUUUGUGGUGCUUCUUUAAAUUGUGGUUGGAAUGUUCAGGAACACACUGUUUAUUUCAUAACAAGAUUGUUGUGUCUUCCUGUUCCUGCUGAUUAUUCUGGUACUGACAGCCAUCUGAUAAGAUAUGCUCCAAUGUUGAAUGUCCUUCUUGUGGGUAUAGCAACAGUUGACUGUGUUCAGAUAUUCUCUUUGCAUGGCUUGGUUCCACAACUUGCUGGUGCGCUGAUGCCAAUCUGUGAAGUAUUUGGGUCAUGUGUGCCAAAUGUUUCAUGGACUUCAGCAACAGGAGAAGAGAUUUCUGCCCAUGCAGUAUUCUCAAAUGCAUUUGCACUUCUUCUAAUGCUAUGGAGAUUUAAUCAUCCACCUCUAGAACAUGGAGUAGGCGAGGUACCGCCAGUAGGAACCCAGCUUACUCCUGAGUACCUCUUACAAGUAAGAAAUUCCCAGUUAGUAUGCAAUGAAAAUGUUUACUGGGACCAAAAUAGGCGGAGACUUGCUGCUGAUGCAAAUUCGUCAUUAUCUGAACCCAUAUUCGUUGAUACCUUUCCAAAAUUAAAAGUAUGGUACCGUCAGCAUUUGGCAUGCAUCGCUUCACCACUCUCUGGCCUUGUUCAUGGAACUCCUGUUCAUCAGAUUGUAAAUGACCUUCUUACUAUGAUGUUCAAGAAGAUUAUAAAUAAUGGAAACCAGACUAUGACAUCCGCAAUAUCUGGUAGUACUGCCUCAUCUGAAAUAGGUAAAGAAACAGGCUCAAGGCCUAUGUUAGCAGGUUGGGAUAUUCUUGAAGCUGUUCCUUUUGUUGUUGAUGCUGCUUUAACAGCAUGCGCGCAUGGAAGACUUUCCCCUCGUGAACUGUGUACAGGGCUUAAAGAUUUAGCUGAUUUUCUUCCUGCAUCCUUAGCAUCCAUCGUAAGUUACUUUUCGGCGGAAGUAAGUCGUGGUGUAUGGAAACCAGUAUUUAUGAAUGGAGUAGAUUGGCCAAGUCCGGCUGCAAAUCUGGCAAAUGUUGAAGAACAAAUUAAGAAGAUCCUAGCUGCUACUGGUGUAGAUGUGCCAAGCCUUGUUGCAGGGGGGAGUUCACCGGCAACGCUUCCACUGCCUUUGGCUGCCUUUGUAAGCCUUACAAUAACUUACAAACUAGACAAAGACUCACAGCGGUUCCUCAAUCUGGCUGGUCCGGCCUUGGAGUCCCUUGCAGCCGGUUGCCCAUGGCCAUGCAUGCCAAUUGUGGCAUCCUUGUGGACCCAAAAGGCAAAACGCUGGAGUGAUUUUCUCAUCUUCUCUGCUUCACGUACUGUCUUUCUCCAUGACAAUGGUGCAGUAAUUCAGCUUCUUAAGAGUUGCUUUACUGCUGCACUUGGGCUGAAAAGCAGCCUUACUUCAAGCAGUGGAGGCGUUGGACCGUUACUUGGGCAUGGAUUUGAAUCCCAAUCUCAUGGUGAGUUAUCCCCAGUUGCCCCUGGGAUUUUAUACUUGCGCUCGUAUAGGUCCAUCAGAGAUAUAAUUUUCAUGAGAGAAGAAAUUAUUUCUCUAUUAAUGCAGUCUGUAAAAGAUAUAGUUUGCAAUGGGUUUCGAAGAGAACGAAUAGCGAAGCUGAAGAAAGCCAAAAAUGGAAUGAAGUAUGGGCAGGUUUCACUUGCUACUGUUAUGACAAAGGUUAAAUUAGCUGCAUCACUGGCAGCUACUCUAGCAUGGUUUGGGGGCAUUCAGUUGGUUCAGUCAUUAAUAAAAGAAACUCUACCAUCAUGGUUUAUAUCUGUUCAUAGAUCUCAGCAUGAAGAUGAUGCAGGAGGCGCAGUUGCAAUGCUUGGCGGAUAUGCAUUAGCACAUUUUGCUUUGCUAUGUGGAGCUCUCGCUUGGGGUGUGGACACAUCCUCGUCAGCAUCAAAGCGCCGGCCUAAAAUUUUAGGCUAUCACAUGGAAUUUCUUGCAAGUGCUCUGGACGGGAAAAUAUCACUCGGUUGUGAUCCAGCCACUUGGCGUGCAUAUGUGUCGGGUUUUUCGAGUCUGAUGGUAGGAUGCACACCAAAUUGGUUGUCAGAGCUAGAUGUACAAGUGUUGAAAAGGAUCAGCAAGGGGCUUAUGCAUUGGAAUGAGGAACUUGCUCUUUCUUUGCUAGCAGCAGGUGGCGUUGGUACAAUGGGAGCAGCUGCUGAACUGAUCGGCCAAAGUAGUCUAUAGAGUUGAAAUUAAUUUUUUAACCAAAGUUUUCUUUAGGUCCAAAUCAUUUUAAUAGAAGUAUUGUCAUCGAGCUCUCAGGUAUGUUUGCAUAUCUAGGUUUCUUAAUCUUUGUAUGGGAGACGAUAGACUCAAAUUCUAUUGGUAAAUAUAAUCUGUUUACUUGUUGA